UUCUCAGAAAGGAAGAGCAGGGCAACUGUGAAAAUCACACAGAGGAGAUAGGAACGAAGCGCCUUGGUUGUAAUUAAACCUUUAUUACUACGAUUCGCCAUAAUUGUCGAGGCAAAUCUUGGGUUAGUUAAAGAGCCAGCGGCCCGGGCCUCAGUCCGCGGUCUUGAGUUGAACAGUCGUCCCACACCAGAGCGACUGAGUCGGUGUGAUCAGCAGAGCCCGAGCGCUCAUAAUGGGCGACAGCAGAGAUUCCCGAAGUCCAGACAGCUCGUCCGUGUCUUCACCACCAUCAGGCCAGCAUUCACCACCACUGGCUCCAUCAGCCGCCGCCAUGACUUCUCUGCCACCUAUCACAUCUGCGGUGAACAGUCCCAUCAGCAGCAUGGGUUCUCCCUUCUCAGUCAUCAGCUCCUCUCUGGGUUCUCCCUGCCUACCUGGAACACCUUCAGUGGGCUAUGGCCCCAUCAGCAGCCCACAGAUGAGCAUGUUUCCCAGAAAUAUGGAGAUCAAUUCAACCGUGUCCAUGUCAGGCCUGCACGCUGUCAGCAGCUCUGAUGAUGUGAAGCCGCCCUAUGGUUUGAAACCACAUUCCGGCCACAGCCCCGGACCCAUGGUUUCACAGAAACGCUUGUGUGCCAUUUGUGGUGACCGCUCUUCUGGUAAGCACUAUGGAGUUUACAGCUGCGAAGGCUGCAAGGGCUUUUUCAAGCGCACCGUGAGGAAGGACCUAAGCUACACAUGCAGGGACAACAAAGACUGUCUGGUUGACAAACGUCAGAGGAACCGCUGCCAGUACUGCCGCUACCAGAAGUGCCUGGCAAUGGGGAUGAAGCGAGAGGUGGUCCAAGAUGAACGACAGCGAUCCGUUCAGGAAGAGCGUCAAAGGAACAAGGAGCGAGAAGGCGAGGUGGAGUCCACCAGCGCCGCCAACGAAGAAAUGCCUGUGGAGAAGAUUUUGGAGGCAGAAAUGGCAGUGGAGCAGAAGACAGAGCUGCAUGCGGACGGCAGCUCUGGGGGCAGUUCUCCAAAUGACCCGGUCACUAAUAUCUGCCAGGCUGCUGAUAAACAGCUAUUUACUCUGGUUGAAUGGGCGAAACGGAUCCCUCACUUCAGUGAACUUUCUCUGGAUGACCAGGUCAUCCUCCUGCGAGCUGGCUGGAAUGAGCUCCUGAUCGCUUCAUUCUCUCAUCGCUCCAUCACGGUGAAGGAUGGCAUUCUGUUGGCCACCGGCCUCCACGUGCACAGGAACAGUGCUCACAGCGCUGGAGUGGGGGCCAUCUUUGACAGGGAGAGUGCGCACAAUGCAGAGGUUGGGGCCAUAUUCGACAGGGUGCUAACGGAGCUGGUGAGCAAGAUGAGGGACAUGCAGAUGGACAAAACAGAGUUGGGAUGUUUGAGAGCCAUCAUCCUCUUCAACCCAGAUGCAAAGGGUUUGUCAAGCCCAAGUGAGGUGGAGUUGCUGAGAGAGAAAGUCUAUGCAUCGCUGGAGGCUUACUGUAAACAGAGAUAUCCUGACCAGCAGGGCAGAUUUGCUAAGCUCCUCCUCCGGCUGCCAGCGCUGCGUUCCAUUGGCUUGAAGUGUCUGGAGCACCUGUUCUUUUUCAAACUGAUCGGCGACACCCCAAUCGACACCUUCUUAAUGGAGAUGCUUGAAGCCCCUCACCAACUGACCUAAUCUGGACCGUCUCGAUCCAGUUCAAUCCGGUUUGCACCAGGGUAUCGCAGUCCCUCCUGGACUCUGGGGCUUUACUGUGUCUCACUUUUCAUUAUCACCUUUCCCAUUUCUCCCGAGUCCCCACUGCACCUUCAAACCAGUACAGCUCUGAAAAAAAGACUUCAGCUGUCCAAAAAAAUCUUGUUUUCCAUGUUCACGUUUUACAGAGAGAUGUUAUUUUUCAAAUCUUAGUCAUCGGUUUUAAGACUUCAGCUUCCAGUUUUAAAACAAUUGAUUUUACAGAUCCCUGUGUGUCGUGUUGGUCUGUAUGUUACUUUUGAAUGCACAAACUGUACUUUGUUUCGUUUUUCACCACAGUUAGCUUGCCAGCUGAACACAGUGCAUUUGUGACUGGGGCAAGAAAAUGUACACAGCGAGCCCUUUGGCUGGUACGAAUCGAGUCAUGGCAGACCCCUGCCGUUUUAGUCCCAGAAUGCAAUGUGACUGUGGAACACUGCUAACAUGCUAUCUUUGGGCUUUAAUCUUGAAACCAUCCUUUGUACUGUACUCAUGAAAUGAGUUGUUUAAAAUGGCAUUGAAAUGAAUGGCUUGCUGCAUCUGGCCCAUAUGAAAUGCAGGCAUAGUUUUACAUUUGUGAAUAAUGUAUGCAGGUUUUUAACGGUGGCGCAAGGAUUUUGAUCCGAAGAGAGCCUAAAGGCACAGAGUCUUGCAGGAGAAUCCUGCUAUGUUUGCGGCAAUAGGAGGGUUGACCUUGUUUUUUGUUCUUUGUUUUUCUUCCUGAUGGGAAAUAGGAUGUUAAGAGAUGUCGGUACCUUCUAGAGCACCUUGUACCUUCUGCCAUCUCCACAGAUCUCACAAUCCCAUUCAUCCACUUAAUAUUUUCUUUAAUUCCUCAAUGGGGAAUUAAAUCCACACCACCAUCCCCAAACAAUUCAGAUAUUUAUAAAGUGUAUGUGCUGUUAUGUACAGUAUGUCUAACCACUCUUGUCCUUGCAGCAGCAGGCCACUUUGUUUUGUGUGUAUUCACCAGGGAUGAAAUCGACUUGUAAGCAGACUCCUUUGUAAUGAGCCGGUACUAACAAUGGCAUAACAAACAGAUUCAGAGGUAGAAUUUUGUGAAAAGGACCUUUUACAUUCCAUCGCACAGGUCACUUCCGUCAAAGCAUAUAAACGAUCCCUUCAGCUCACUAGUGUGCUUUUUCAAACGCAUCUUGUCUUGUUCAAGAGGGUCUGAGGGCCACUAGCGAACGUUAGAAUUCACCUUCUGGUCGUAAAACCACCAUCCAUUACAAUCUCUAUGCAUUUAUGGAAUGAGGACGGUAGUAAAGUCUGGGAAAGGAGCUAAACGUGCUGUCAAGAGUCUCGAAAACAUUUCUGGCCAUUCACAAUGCCCUAGUAUUGAUAGUGGACACUAUAAGAAUUUUUACAGCUUGUUUUUUGGGGCUCUGACCAAAAUUGACCGAUGUCAGUCAUUUUAAUUAUUGACUGAAUCAAAAACUGACUGUGUUUGAAGAUUUUAUAGACAAUACUAGCAAGUGAUCUCAUCUGUUCUGGUGCUGAUAACACCGAUAUAAACUUACACACCAGUGCAUGACACGCACCAAUGAUCAAAAUAUGCAAUUCUUCAGAUAAGCUUGAAUUUAAUAAACCGUCUUCGGCGUAAUGUUUUAAAUUGUUGAUCUACAUGCAGAGCUCUUGUAAAACGGUUGUAUACAUUAAUCAGGUGCUUAAUUUACUAAGAAAAUCAUAUGCAGAAUUCUGAGAAACAGAUAUGUGCUAUAGCCACAUAGUUCUUAGUUUAAUUUAGAGGUGGUUCGCACGGGGUUUUCAAGAACUGUGAUGUUUGCCACAAUACAUGCUUGCCAUUGACAUGUGACCGAAUCCAGACUUCCGAUUAAAGCUUUGUUCCUUUAUAACAGUUGUUUAAUCUUGCCGUCCCUUUUGAAACCACUUUCUAUUCGACACGUGGUAGGAGGGAUCUCGCAGUUUUUACAAUGUGAAUCUUGUCUGUACUCCAAGCAGUUAAGAUUUCUCAGACAUGUGUCGGUUGCAUGUUUUUUUUCAUUAAUGCAGAAUUGAUGAUGGUGGCGAUGGUCUGCUCAGUAACUGCACGGAUGGCAGUUUUGAUAUGCAGUGUUUGCAGUUUUCAUAUGGCCUGCUGGAGUUGCUAGUCAGUCUGCGUGUUGCGUCAUUGUAAAAGAUUGGUAUCAUGAGAUGUUUAGAUACUUCACAGAUCUGUAAGGGUUUUCGUUAAAUGGAAUGCAAUGUACCCAUCUCCGUUACUUGAUUGCAGUUCAUCAUAUUGCUCUUUGAUUUACUACAAUAAAACUGAAAUAAUAGUGAAAUUUGGCCACCCCUCCGUCUUUUAGGGUCCACGCCUCCCUUUUAUUACUUGAUAUAAUCAUGUAUGUUAAAGCCUUCUCCAUUGGUUUUGUGAAAUGAGUAAUACAACUCUUACACAGACUUGUCACUUUUCACCUGAAAUGAUACAUCACUGCCAAACAGGUGUGAGGCGAGUCGUCUUAUGGGUGUUCCCUAACCCCCAGUGGUUGACUGUGUACUGUGAUGAUCACUAAAUAGAGCCCAUUUUUUAUCUAUUUAUAUAAACUUGAGCAGAUUGGACACGUUUAAAAUCUUGAGGGUUCUGUUAGUGCUUUUUUCUUAGGCCAUGGUGCUGCAAUUUUUGUCAGGUGUGAAAAGCCCUCCUGUUUGUGUAUCUGAAAUAUGCACAGUGCAAACUUGAAUUAAUCUCUGCCUGAGAAUGAAGUGGUCAUGCACGUUACCAUCUUCAUUGUGGCUUAUCGGUGAAUGUUUGUUUCUUUAAGGAAAGACAUGCAUUAGACGCACGUGUGACGUGGAGGUAUUUGCAAAGGUGAAGUGGUUCACACGAAAUCUUUUAAGAACAGGUUCACGUCACAUUUUUUUACAAAUUCAAAAGAGAAACUGAAUAAAUAUGUUACUUUGAAAAAAUUGACAAUUAUCAUUACUUUAAUGACUAAAGCAGAGAAUAGCUCAUGUGGAAUAAGUUAUUUAAUGUACUUAAUGUGUUUGUGAUGGAAUAAUGUCACAAUGCAAGAACAAGCCGCCUUAAUGGUAUCAAAAUGUCUUUAUUCAGAUUGUUUUCUUUUAAUUUUGUUGUGAAAUUUGAUCUGAACACAUGUUCAUUUAAUUCAGUGAGGUGUUGGAUGAAUUUACAGAUGAAUGGGAGGUGUUUUUUAUUCAUUGGGGUUUCGAUGAAGAUGGUGACUGUUUAAUGUGAGCUUAAGAGACUCCAAAUUAACUCCCACCAAAAGAAAAUGUUUUUCUUCUCACUAUGUUUUCAAACUGAUGUUUUCAUGCUUUACAUCUGUGUAUUCUGAUGUAUUAGUGCAAGAACUAUUUUUGGGGGUCUUUUUCCCCCACGCCCUUCUCUCUACCUUUUGUGACUGUUUUCUAAUCUGUCCGGCAAUCGUGGAAGUAAUUGACUGUACUGAGUGUGGAGAAAGAAGAAAGUCGGUUUUCUUUUUGCUUUGUCAUUAAAUUCAGAAUCUGUUUUUGUUUGAUGUACCAUGUGUAAGUAAAGGUUUUAUUACAGCA